UGAAUAAUUUCUCUCCUUUCUAACUCUAAAUCUCUGCAACUUAUAAUUGCUAAAAUCCCCGUACAUGAAAGAGUGACCAACAAACAAACAAAAAUAAACUUCUCAUCAUCAUCAUCAUCAUCAUCAUCAUCAUUUUAGCCCCAUUAAAUCUUUAAAUCCUUUCUAUCAAUUCUUUAAAAUUUCUUUAAAUAACAAAACCACCGGUCCACUUUUUUUUAUCUUGCCUUUUAAGCACUCUUCAAUUCUUCUCUUAUAUUUAUAAUAAAUUCCCUUCCUUCCAAUAUUUCUCUCUUUUUUGCCAUUUUCAUCUCAAUUCAUGACCUAGAGAGAGCAUGCCUGAAUGUCCAGAGAAAGGGAGAGAUUUGAUGAUGAGAUAGGGAAGAAGAUAAAAAGAGAAAUAGAUGCCUCAUCUCAUCAUCAUCAACCAAUGGGAAGAAGACACAUGUUGGGUCCUCCUGGAACCCUAAAUACUAUUACUCCUUGUGCUGCUUGUAAGCUUUUGAGAAGAAGAUGUGCUCAAGAAUGUCCUUUUUCUCCUUAUUUUUCCCCUCAUGAACCUCAGAAAUUUGCUUCUGUUCAUAAAGUUUUUGGUGCCAGCAAUGUCUCCAAGCUUCUCAUGGAGGUACCGGAAAGUCAGAGAGCAGAUGCAGCAAAUAGUCUAGUUUAUGAGGCAAAUGUAAGAUUAAGAGAUCCAGUUUACGGAUGCAUGGGUGCAAUUUCAGCUUUACAACAGCAAGUUCAAUCAUUACAAGCUCAACUUAAUUCAGUUCGGUCUGAAAUUCUCAAAUACAAAUAUAUUCCUUUGCUUUCUUCUGGACCUCUCUCUAGUAUUACAUCAACAACUUCUCCAUCACCAAUUCCGCCGCCUCCUCCACCGCCACCUCCGCCGCCUCCUUCUUCUCUUCCUCCUACUUCCUCCUCUUUGUAUACUCACCGGCAAACUACUCCGGCCGACUACAGUACCAUUUCAAGUCAUGAUGAUGUUGCUUUCUUUGGUUAAUAUUAAUUUCUAGUGUCUAAAAGGAAAUUACGUACCAUUUAUUCUCUAUUAUGAAUCAUUGAUUACAAUAAAAAUUUGAGGAAGAUAAUUACUACUGAUCAUAAUUGGAUUAAUUGUUUUAAUUACUGUUGAAUUGUUUCAUUAAGCUGGAUGAUUCACUGCCGUUGAUUUUUGGGAUCAUGUUAUUCUGUGCCGUUUGAUGGAAGGCUCUGAAAUGUUGCUUCAAGUUGGGGGAGACAAAAGGUUAGGAACUUGUUAAAGUUUAUUUUUUGUUUAACAUUUAAUUACUAUAUUAGUUACUGUAAUAAUCUUUGAAUUUCUUCUUUUUUCUAAUUCUAUAUAUGAGGUAGAUUUUCUUGUUUCA